GGGCUCGAGUUCAACUCGACAGAUUGUUCACGAAGUAUAAUACACGCUCAUUUUCCGAGGAAGAAGAACCAGUUUGGGGGAAACGAUACUUCGAUGCCGCUGGAAAUCUGGGACGCCGUCCUCUCCGAUUUCGAUCGAGUUUUCGAGAGGUUUGACAGCACGCAGAGCGCCCAACCCGCGCUCAAGUUUCUACUCUUUUUGGCCGACAAGGACCCAUCUACCAAGCUUAGCUGGUGCCCUGAUUGCAAUGUUGCUGAGCCUGUAAUAUACAAAAAGCUGGAAGCAUCAAGUAGCAACGUGGUACUUCUGAGAGCAUAUGUUGGAGAUAGACCUACAUGGAGAAACCCUAGCCAUCCAUGGAGGGUGGACCCUCGAUUCAAGGUCAAGGGUGUUCCUACGCUCAUUCGGUGGGAGAAUGGCGGGGUCACCAAACGCCUAGAGGAUUACGAGGCUCAUGCCGAGGAGAAGAUCGAAUCCCUUUUGGCUACCAAAUGAACUCUGUCAUGGAUGUUAGGGAGAAGAUAUACAAACUAUCCUACUGAAUAAUGAAUCAAUGAUGUAGCAUGCACUCUGGAGAAACUACAGUGUUGCAAAACUUUUCGUAUUUGAUAUUUA